CUGUCAUUAUCUGUCACUUCGUCACCAUUAUCCAAACUGUCAAUUUUGUGGAUUGAUUAAAUAUUUAUCAUCAUUAAUGUUAAAAAUAUAGUUAACGACUAUUUAUUUUGCGCUGCGUAAUCCUAAUAAAGUAUACAGUGGCGUAGUUUAGAAUAAGGAAUGUCGAAAUUCGAAGAUAAUCCAUUUAGUGAUCCAGCCAUAGACAAUCCCUUUGCGGAUCCAGCUGUGCAGCAAGUGGCUAGAAGUACUAACAAUGCUACGAGAGGUCUCGAUGACUACAAUCCCUUUGAUGGACAACAAAAUGCAAAUCAGCCUUUGCCUGCCCAGCAACCCACACAGCCGGCCAUCAUGCAGGCAGUGUCUCCCCCACCGGCCGGUGGUGGCCAGUACACACGGCCAAGCCAACAAUCACAGAGCCAAGCACCCCCACCUAACUUCACCACAGCUGACUUUCAAGAGCUAAAGAAGCGGCAAGAAGAGUUAGAAAGGAAAGCGGAAGAGUUAGCGCGGCGUGAGGCGGAACUGCGGGCAGGCUCGGCCGGCAGACGCAACAACUGGCCGCCGCUGCCCGCCUUCUGCCCGAUCCAGCCCUGCUUCUACCAGGACAUCAACGUCGACAUCCCCCUCGAGUUCCAGAGGAUCGUGCGACAUCUGUACCACCUGUGGAUGUUCCACUCGUUGGUGCUAGCACUGAACAUAGUCGGAGGCAUGGCCUUAAUGUUCUCUGGGGCUGGCUUCACAGUAUUUGGGCUGUCGAUACUCUACUUCAUUCUGCUGACGCCCUUCAGCUUCAUCUGCUGGUACCGCCCGAUAUACAAGGCCUUCAGGAGCGACUCCUCCUUCAAUUUCAUGGUGUUCUUCUUCAUAUUCCUGUUCCAAAUGAUCAUUACUUUGGUGCAGUCUAUUGGAUUCAGCGGCGGAGGCUCCUGUGGUCUGAUCACGAGUAUCGCAGCGUUCAGAGAGAACGUUGGCGCCGGCAUCGUGACUCUCCUGGUCACCAUUGGCUUCAUCACGUCAUUGGUGGCAGAUGUUAUGCUUAUGACUAAGGUACAUCGUAUCUACCGGUCGACGGGCGCGUCCAUCGCGAAAGCGCAAGCAGAAUUCACAACGGAAAUUCUUCGCAACCAACAUGUGCAGACCGCAGCCUCGAGCGCCGCGGCCGCCGCCGUCAACGCGCAGAUCGCUAACGCCAACCGAUACUGAACUAUACGAGGUACAAUCGGAUAAGAUAUUUAAGCAGCAUUUAAUUUGUGCGAAAGUACAUAGUAUACAAGCGCUUUUCAAAAUAUAAAUACACUAUUCAGAAUCAAAAUAUUUUCUUGAAUUAUUGUUUUUGUGGACACGCGCGAUUUUAUGUAAUAUUCAUGUUAUACAGAGAUUUAAUAAUUUAAGACCUUUACGACCAGUGCACUGGCAAUGUAAAAAUAAAAUGACUUCGGAAAAAAGCUUGUUAUUGAUGUAUGUAUGUAUUAAGAAUGUUUUAAAAAUAAACAUUCUUCUUUUAUGAUAUUGUAUAUAAAACCCUUCUUUAUUUGCAAAUAAAAUUGUUUCACGAUUUUUCAUUAUGUUUAAUUUAAUAGUAAAUGUACUGAAAUUAAUCAUCAUUAUGUUAUUGUCGUCUCAUGAAACAUUUCUUUUUUUUAUUAGGAAGCUAUUCGUUUAUUUUAGGAUUUUUCAAAUACAUAAUUGUAUAGUACAUGAAUUUUGAGAUAGGCAACUGUCAUGUCCAAAGAACGAUUUUAGUCCUUAAUGCAAACCUUAGUUAAAAACGUCAUACCCAUUCCAGGUUAGCCCGCUCCCAUCUUAGAAUGCAACAUCACUUUCCAUCAGGUGAGAUUGCUGUCAAGGGCUAACUUGUACCUAUCUGAAUAAAAAAAAAAUGAAAAAUCUGAGGGUAAACCGAAACCGUACUUUUGACAUGACACUUGAAACAGAGCAAAUAUAGCAAAGUCCUGUCAAAAAAGUGUAAAAAAAUUAUUAAGUAUAUCAUGCCGUUUUGCCUAGAUUUACCGCGUUAUAAACGUAUAGCUCCUAAAUAAAAAAAACAAUAAUAAGUUUAGUUUUAAUAAAUCAUAAUCAUAAUUUAAUACGAUAAUAUGUAAUAAAUUAUAAUUUAUAAUCUGUUUUCAAUUUAUUUGCUAACUUUUAUGAAUGGCGACUUUUAAAUGUUCUUAUUUUAUGAAAGGUGAUCAUUUUAAGUUGAUCGAGACCCAAGCUGCACGCGCCGCAAAAAUGCAUCUGAUGCCUUUGACGUCACUUGCAUUACUUAAGAUUCAAGAUUUUUAUUAGCAGAAUCAUUUUUUACAAUGAGAUGUUAUUAAGUACAUAUUGUCCAGUAGAAAUGUUAGGCCUAGUUGCAUGUCAAUGCUGUCGAUGCUUAUGUUUUUCGUUAAACUAAAAGGGUAUCUGCAUUUCUCGCUUUUUAAUAUUGCAAAAAAAAGAUGAAAAAUGAAUUUUAAAUUAAAGACUAAAUUUUAGUGCUGCUAUACAAAUUUAAUAGCUAUGCUGAAUUAAGUUUGUCAGUCCUUUUCUUGUACAUUGUCAGUACAUUGGUAAGAAAAAGAUGCACAUACUCUAAAGUUAGUUUAGAAAAAGAUAUCAGAAUCAACGCCAUUGUUCAAGUUAUUUACCGGGCAUUGUAAAGGGAUCUUAAGCGCGUUGUGCUGAUGCUGAUGUCGCCUCGUUCCAUAUUCAAAAUUGUACAAUUCGUUGCGUUCGGCGCGUGCAGCUGUUUACAUAAACGCGAUCAGCAUUAUAAAAUUAUUUCUACGGCCACAACGGCGUACGGCUGUGCAUAUUUUAAUUUAUCAUUAUUAAUUAUUGUAUUAAGUAUAUUCUUUGUUUUAUUGAACUAACUAGGUCCCUGAAAGUAACGAGUAUCAAAUCCUUUUGAAUCUGGCAUCACUUAAAAGCUAGAAUCCAGAGCCGAAAACAAUAACCUUUACUUUCGCAAACUUCUGACUAGUGUUGCCAGUUCAUUAUUUUUUUAAACAACGACGAUUUCAUAUAUGAAUCCUCUCCUAUAUUAUCUUUUUUCUUUACCACGUAUGAUAGUGUUCAAAUAUGCGUAAUAGGUCAACGUUUUAACAUUACGUUUACAAUAAUAUUUGAGGUACUUCAUCGCUAUGACAACACGCUAUUUAAACGUUUAGUUAAUGCUAGUUAUAACCACGAGCUUAUGGAUGCUUUAAACUUCAUGCCAUUAAAACGAUUCACCGCACCAAUUGCACCACUCAGCAGAAUAGUAGAACUCUAUUUUCAAUAAUAAUAAAAUGUGUGUUAACUUUUGCUAACCAUGAGGCUUGACAUUCUGUCUCUAUUAUCUUCGCUACGUCAGUAAAAAAAGCUACACAGAUUAAAAGGCAAGUCAUUAAAUUAACAUUGUUUAUGCUUUUCGUUUAUAUUUUUAUUUGUAUGCAAUAAACUCGACAAUAUUUUAGCGUUUUGAUUUGGUCAGUAUUUAGAUUAUUUCAUUUCUAUAGAAUGUUUAACAUUCCAUGGGCGUUAAAUGUAAAUAUUUCAGAACGCCCAUUCAAAAAUUUUAACGAUUUUGUCGAUGUUCGAUUUUCAAAUGUAGUGUGGUGUUUAAAUGUGAAUUUAUAUUUGUAUAAUCGGACCGUUUACUUAAUUUUGAUGUUUCCUAAACUACGUUCACUUUAACUUGUCCCUUGCCUUCAUGUUGGCACUAUUACAGUUCACACAAUAAUAAUCCUUAUGUUCUAAGGAAUAAAGCAAUGGUGCCAACGUGACGGCAAAGGACAAAUUAUAGUGAACGGUCUUUAGAGGUGUGACUCCUUGCCCUUUGGUGACGUAAUAUAAAAUCCAUAAUAUCAUAUUAGAUGCACAAGACUUCAACCGUUUAUCGAUGUAUAAAAUAGACAUAAGGUAAUCCAAAGUAACCAUAGACGUGAAGUUAAUAAGUGAAGGAAAUUGUAAGAAAACUGUAUCCCUAUUACAAGCUUUUAUGGUUUUCGAAAGAUGCUUAGUUGAAACUUUGUAAAAUAAAUCCUUUGUAAAAAUUAGUGGCAAUUCUGUUCGAUUUAAAACACGGAGCUGGUAUAUUUUAGCCUAUAUUUUCUUAAUUAUUCAAGAUAGGCUCGCGUUAAACGACAAUAAUCGGAUUGUGGAAAGCAAUGAAGAGUUCUAGGUUUGAGCACGUUUGCCUAGAUUCUAGGCCCUAGAAGACACCUAUCCAUACUAAUAUUAUAAAUGCGAAAGUGUGUCAGUCUGUCUGUCUGUCUGUCUGCUACGUUUUCACGGCCCAACCGCUGAACCGAUUUGAAUGAAAUUUGGUACAGACAUGGGAUACAUCCCGGGGAAGGACAUAGGCUACUUUUUAUCCCGGAAAAUCAAAGAGUUCCCACGGGAUUUAAAAAAACCGAAAUCCACGCGGGCGAAGCCGCGGGCAUCCUCUAGUUCCUUAUACGUGGAUGAAAACACGGACGCCGUAAGGGCUAAACCUUAGCGUUUCGUAUCAGAAACGUUGAACUAAAACGUUUCGUGCGAGAAGAUUGAACGUGGACCACAUAAGGAUGCCUACACUCACAGUUUCAAGCUGUACUGUAACAGAACGGUGAAGAAGGAACAAGAUUGUGAAGAUUUCGAAAACUAUCAUCGAAAAUCUCAAAAUAUUUUAAUAUGUUGCAAAAUCGAACUAGGGAUGAAGAGUAAAAGUUCUUAACUAGAACAAAAAUUGUCUAAAUAUUUGUUCUUAAUUUGCUUGAGUGAAGGGAUUGUAUAAGACUUGAGGACUGAUUAUUUCUAUGAAGGUAUUUUUGUAGGAUAUACGGUUGAUCUAAAAGACAACAAAUACGUUAAAAAAAAUAUCACUCUGCGUGCAUCUGGUGUUAAGCGAUAGGCAAUAGAUAAUAACAAAUACAUAAUAAAUUAUUGCAACAAAGUACCUACAGUAGCGGACAGGAAAUAUUGUUCAUCGACCUUUAGAAAGGGAUUUUGGCUUCGUAGAGCGUUGUCUCUGUCACUCAUACUUAUGUGACGUUUUGUUGGUCUCAACGACAGAGACAACGAAACCGCUAUAUCUUUCUAAAUUUCGAUAUACAAUAUUUCCUGCGCGGGUACUGUAUUUAAUUAUUCCUCAGCCUACAAGAACUAAAUAAUUCAUAAAAUGCCCUAGGAGUCAGUCCUUUUGCAUCUAUGGAGUGCACGCCACUGGUUGUUGCAUAAAAAAACCAUCCACCAAUAAAGUCGUGACUUAUUUAAUGUGCGUGUAUACCCUAAACUUUAAAAAAUAAAUAUUGAAUUUAACUAUCACUUAGUCCUUGGUUAGGACAAUUUAAUUCUGCGCGCCGAAUCGCGAAUAUAUCUACAAAGUAGAAACGCUUGCUUACAAGUGAGAUAGCUAAUUACAUUUCUAAAAUAUGUGGAACAGAGAUAAACAUACAACUUUGUAUAAAUAUUUUGUCUGUCAAAACUUUACUGGGAUAAACAGUCAAUACUAGUUUUGACGAAUGAGGUUGGUCAAAAGUAAUUUUGACUAAAAAAUGACAGUGAAAAGUGGCCAAGUGCAUUAACAACUAUUCUCCUUCAAUUCAGCGCGCAGAAUUUAUCAUCUAUUUAUAUUAAUUAUAUCUGGGCCUAGUAUUAAUGUAAGUUAUUGUGAGACCGUCCUUACCCAGAUAAUGGUAAGCGAAGGCGUAGUUAUACCUAAAUAUUUAACUGUUUUGUAACGAUUAAGUCAUGUUAUGAACUUAUAAUAAUUAAUAUUAAAUAUAGUUUCCGAA